CAUAGCAACUAACAGCGCAACCUGCGGGCGGACAGUGACGCCGUGCGGCCGCAUCCGCGAAGGACGCAGCGCAGCGCGACCAGCCGCGGAGACGUUUCUGUUUUUUUCCGCUCCUGUUAUUAUCGCCACAGCGGCUCGAUCCGACACAGCACCACAAUGGAGACCAAACCGGUCAUCACCUGCCUUAAAACGCUCCUUAUCGUCUACUCCUUCGUGUUUUGGAUAACGGGAGCCAUCCUGCUGGCAGUGGGAGUCUGGGGGAAGUUGAUGCUGGGCCCGUACAUCUCCCUGAUCGCUGACAACUCGACCAACGCCCCGUACGUCCUCAUCGGCACCGGGACCGUCAUCAUCGUUUUCGGCCUGUUUGGAUGCUUCGCCACCUGCAGAGGAAGCCCAUGGAUGCUGAAGCUGUACGCCAUGUUUCUCUCACUGGUCUUCCUUGCGGAGCUCGUGGCGGGGAUCUCUGGAUUUGUGUUUCGUCACGAGAUCAAGGGAACCUUUCGCAGGACUUACACCGAUGCAGUCCUGAACUACAAUGCCAAGGACGAGGCGAGCCGUGCUGUUGACUACUUGCAGAAGAGUCUGCGUUGCUGUGGAGUUUAUAACUACACCAACUGGUUUGGCAGCGUGUUUUACCCCUCCAACGGUAUCCCUGCCAGCUGCUGCUUUAACUCCUCUGAUUGCAACCCAGACGAUCUCCGCAAUGCAACCGUAGCGCCAAGCAAGGUCUACCACCAGGGCUGCUUUGAGUUGGUCACUUCGUUCAUGGAAACCAACAUGGCCAUCAUUGCUGGGGUGACGUUCGGGAUCGCCUUCUCGCAGCUGAUUGGCAUGUUGCUGGCCUGCUGUCUGUCCAGGAUCAUCACAGCCAAUCAAUAUGAGAUGGUCUAGUUGAUGUGACCGUGGCAGGAGAUGGAGAGAAGAAGAGACAAAGCGUCUUGUCGCAGGACUGGAACAAAUUCCCAAAACUCCCAUCACGCACCUGCAUCGGAAGCUGCCUCCGUCCGUCUCUCUGCCUGUGAUCUCAGUGUAAUAUCUUUAUGUAACUUAUUGUAAAGCACCAUUCCUCGACUCGCUGCAGUUGCAUCAAAGCUUUCUGUACCACGCACCACAUCGACGCUUGACAUAAAAGUUGCUCAUUGGCGUUUUUUUUUUUUGUUGUUGUUUUUUGUUCUCUGAUCGGUGCGGCAGGGGAAGCAGAGCGGACAGCGUCAGAAGGGCAUUACUUUUAAAAAAAACCUGAAAGUAACCCUUCCAUUGGUAGGUUUAGUUUUCCAUUUGUUGUUGCUCAUCACUGUGUAUUCCCGUAGGGGUCGUAGUCUUUAGUUACUUGAUUAUGUGCACUAAGGAGGAGAGGUUAUGUUGCUAAAGGAGGCGAAAGGGGAAACUGCUGUAGAGUAUUUUUAACCACGAUAAUGAGAAAUAUUUUUUUGCCCAUAGUAUAUGAAAUUUAGAAAGCCAAAUAAGUUAACAAAGUACUUUUUAAUUCUCACUGUGAAACAAGAAAAUGCAUUUUUAGGCAAAAGAUGGGUAAAAAGGAACUAAUAUUGAAGCUAUUUAGCCAGUUUUACAUGUGGAAAUGAAUUAAUCAGAGUUUGAAGAGCCCAUCAAACCUAAUGUCGACACCAGACAUAAUCUGGGGAAUCUUUAUUUAGUGGYAUCAUGAAAGUUACAAUAUUAAAACUUGUCCCACUGUUCCUAUGAUUUAAAGAAACAGAAGGGAAAAACUUCUUUCUGGCUAUUUUCAUCAUCCUGGCUUGAUCCAAACUCACCUUGUUAAAUAUGACAACUUGCACCUGGCAUUAAAAUCAGGCAUGCUAAAUUCUUGCAGUUUUGGAUAAAGUUGUGACCAGGUCUCUUCAGACUCUGAAUGCAUUUUGUGACUUAGCCAUACUUUUGUUUUCRUUACCAUUGUCGCCUUGCRCAGGCACCUAGUUAGGACACUGUCAGAUAAAAAGAACAACAUCUGAGAAUCACUGUUUGGAUCUGAACRUACGUAGUUUGUGUUAGGACUCUGUCGUGUGGUCGGUAGGACGUGGGAAGAGAUUUAGAUCGUAGGAUGCUGCUYGUUGAUCUGAGAGUAUAGUUUUGCAAUUUUUAGUAAAGUUUUCUGCUAAGCUUUUGUAGUGUUUACAUUUUAGCCGUUGUCGACAAUUUUCCUCUUCGAGCGAUCGGGAUKUUAGAUCCUUUUCUUCUGGUGAAAUAUUCAGCAGUCUGUCUGCAAGCGGAGAACAUCGACGACUUACGGUUGUUCUGUGUAAUUCAUCGACCUGCUGCUGCCAUCAUCAUCAUCAUCAUCAUCAUCGUCCUCAUCUGUAGAUAUGUAUGGGAAAUGUAAUUUAUAUGACGUGUUGUUUCACAAUCUAAUAUGCUAAUCAGUAUAACUGUCGUGUCACGGUUUUUCAAUCCACAUCGAGCUCUCUGAGUCAGUAUUUGUUUGAUAGUUUGUAAGAAACUUGCACUGAGAAAAACAAAAAACAAAAAAAAAUAAUUGUGGCUGAUGUUUAGUUGAGAAAUAAUGCACACUUUAGCUCUAAACUUAUUAUGGUUUGUUAGUAUUUCGUUUACAGCUUCACUCAGAUGUUUUCGAUCUCUCUUUUUAUGUCUGUCUGUGUGUGUGUGUGUGUGUGUGUGCGUGUGUGAGUGUGUGUGCGAGCAUUUAGUAGACAUUGUGGCUCCAGCUGUGAUUUUUUUUUCUUUUGUUUCUUUGGUCAGUAUUUAAUUGUGGCGUUUCCUUAUAAAAAUCUGUAAAUUUGAUUUGUGGAUGUAUGUUUUCCUGCGCUCUCUUCUYUGAACUUUUGUUCUGUAAAUACUAAACUGUAAUACCAUCCAGCUUACACUAGGGGUCACUAGAGGCCCAAGAAGAACCGCACCGUGCUGUCUACUACUGACUAAGUCACCAUCAGUGGUCUUAUUAUCAAUAAAUAUACAGAAUAACA